AUGUCCUCUUCCCUCAUCCCCGCAUCGUCACCCUUCACCCGGGCAGUGGUGAACUCUAUGAGGAAGUUAUAUCCCGAGUCCCUCGCAGACAAGAGCUUCGACAAUACAGGCUUACUCCUCGAGGCCCCGUUCAACCCUGCGCGCAGACAGAAGAACUCGGUCCUCUUGACCAUCGACCUCACCAGAGCCGUUGCGGAUGAAGCGAUUGCCCGUCGGGACUCGGUGGUUGUCGCCUACCACCCCAUCAUCUUCCGGGGCCUCAAAUCCCUUACCCUGAACGACUCACAGCAGAACUCUCUCCUCCGACUAGCCCAAGAGGGCAUCAGUGUCUACUCCCCCCACACCGCCGUCGAUGCGACCCCCGGUGGGAUGGCCGACUGGCUCUGCGACAUUGUGACCGGAGCUCUCACCCCAUCAAGUGAUGCAGCACCCGCAAUUGAGAAAUCCUCGUCCCAAACCUACUCGCAGGCCGUCUUUCCCCAGCCCCAACCUGCUUCUGCCACUCCGUCGUCUGCCGUGCCCCACGAGCGCAGCACCAUCCACCCCUCCCCGCCGCCCGUGCCAGAAGGCCUGGAAUCCGCAGGAAUGGGCCGCAUCGUCACCUUCCAAACACCCCAGCCCCUCGCCGCCAUUGUCGAUCGAAUCGGCCGCGGCACUGGAAACCCCGGCGGUAUCCCCAUUGCCAUCCCGCAGUCCGCGUCGGUGGACGACUUGAAGAUCCGCACGGUGGGAGUGUGCCCUGGAUCGGGUUCGAGUGUCCUUUUCAAAGCCCCUGGCGGCAUUCCCGAUCUGCUGUUUACCGGCGAACUGAGCCACCACGAGGCACUGGCUGCCGUUGAGCAAGGCUCGGUGGUUGUUGCGUUGGCUCAUUCCAACAGCGAGCGGGGGUAUCUUCGGGCUGUGAUGCGUGAAAAGCUCGCAGGGACUUUGGCCACGGAGUGGGAGACCGUGCGGAAACAGCCCGAGAAUGCGCCAGCUUGGGAGGAGGCAUAUGCGGAUACGGAGAGCGCGGUUGACGUGAGCAAUCAGGACAGGGACCCGUAUGGGAUUAUGAUUCGACAAGUCUAG